AUGUGGCAUCUGGCUGUGGUGAUUCGCUUUGAGGCGCUGCGAAACUUCCUAUCGGCCGACGAGCGCGAGAGGGUCAAGGCAGCGCUAGGUGAGUGGAGAUGGAAGAAGUGGAAACUCGAAGGCGACAAGAUCCACCAGCUCACGUCAACCGCUAGCGCUGCAGCGAAUGAGGCGCUGAAAGAGCUGGAGACGAGUGUGGCUAAUCUGCGUUUUUUUGCUCGAGGGAAAAGAGGUGUUUUGUAUGCGGGUGAAAUGCGCUCGACCGACAAUCCGGUGGUUGCCAAACUGGCAGCCGACGCUACGUCUGCUGGGUCGGUGACUCUGGAAGCACGUUGGCUUCAAGUGGUGAACCGCAUGGGAAUUGGAGCGAGGCUGGUGGAUGCAGGGAAGGGCUGGUUCUUGUGCGAACGACUCGAGGGCAAGAACGUGGUCGAGUUUCUAGGAGACGGAGAUGAGGCCACGACGUCUGCCAACGCCAUGUGGGUCGUCCGCGAGAUGCUGUGCCAGUGCUUUGCUAUGGACCUCAUGGGGAUCAACAAGGAAGAGAUGACACACCCGCAUCGCCACAUUAUCGUGCACCGCUCCACGCACCAGCAAGUGCGUUUGGCGGUGUACUUCCUGAGCUCGCCACGGAUGGUUGCGCUUUUGGCAAGUAAACAUGUCAAGGUGGAUGUGCUAAAGCUGCGGCAGUGCACCAAGCGCUACAAGCAAAGCACCUCUACAAAAACGUUCGGCGACAUCAUGCGAGUUGUCGGACUGUAG